AGACCCAAUACAGGAGUACAAACUAACAAAAAGUUGACAUACUAUAAAUUUCUGUGGAAGCUUCUUCUUCCUCUUUCCCCUGUCAGCAAUUUCCGUAUUGCAGAGUAAGGAAAAUGGUGCAUAUGGCGAGGAACAUGAGGGUUCCACCAAACUCAGCGAGUUUGGCUGAAGCUAAGAAGAGGACCUUAGAAUUCUUCAGGAUGUGUUGCAGAUCCAUCCCUGAGAUUAUGGAAAUUUACAACUUAUACGACGUCGUUUCCCCCUCUCAACUCCGUUCUGCUGUCGCCGCCGAAGUUCGCAAAAAUUCAAACGUUACUAAUCCUAAGGUAAUUGACAUGCUGCUGUUUAAGGGCAUGGAAGAGUUGAAGAACUGUGUGGACCACUCAAAACAGAGGCACCAUCUUGUUGGGAAAUAUGUCGUAGGUAAUCAAGGUCUUGUGCAGGACCUUGGACAUAAAGAUUGGGGCAGCUCUAAUUUCCUGAAAGACUUUUACAGCAGCAACUACUUCUAGAUUGUCUUUUUGAACUUUGCUGCUACUCUUGUAUAAACACAUUUGCUAUUUAUUGGUAGUAGGUACUCUUCCGAGCUUAGAACAGGUUGUUAUGCUGUCUGCUUUGAGAUGGAAGUCAUGCCUUCUU